UGCCAUAUUGAGUCACAAUAUGAAUUGUGAGCGUUGAUAACAAUGUUGGUGUUUCCCGUCAGAUGUUAUGUGUGUUGCAUCAGCAACAACGUGAGUUUAAAAUGGAAGACAUUGAUUCAAUCCCAUUAAACUAAAGCGUAUUAGGCGAUGCUGUCUAAACCACUGUUGCAGUUAGAUGUCCGUUAAUCCGAUCCAGAUGCUGCAAAACUGCAAGUUUAAGUGGAAGUAUUUUAUGGAUGAGUAACUCCGGGCAGCUUGACACGACCUCAUCCUCCGAGGCCACCAGCUCCACAUCAGAUUACCGAGGAAGAACUGCGCACUGCGGCUGCCUCUCUGCCGUUCAUCGCAAGGGAGAACCGACCUGGAGUGAGCAGGAUGGAAGGUGUGUCGGAGUGUUUAUGAGCACAUGGCGUCCACGAUAUCCCAGCUGCAGUUCGGCCGGCUGCGUGGCCUUCGCGCUAAACUCCUGCGGCGCUACGAGCACCGGCCUUUGGUGUCGUGUCUGGCCGGUCUGUACGGCUGCCAGUGGAGACGCUACGAGAGGAACUGCACUCAGCCGGGAGACUGCUGCUGCAGCAAGUUGGAAGGCGUCAGCUUCGCUCUGCUCGUGGCGGCCUUCUGCCUAACACUGGUGUUUCUCUACUUCUGGGGACAAGCAAAGAACGACUACAAUGACUUCGACUGGUUUAACUUUGGGAACCUGGGCUUCUGGUUUCCCUGGUCUGUGGUGCUGCUCGUCAUUGCCGCAGGCUUCUUCACCUACAUCACGGUGCUCAUGCUGCUGGCUGUGUGUUUGUUGUCAGAGGGCCAGAAACUCUAUUUACACUGGAGUCACAAGAUCGGGAUCCUGGUGAGCCUGAUGUUCUCCAUCGUAGCCACGGCCGUCUUGUCUGACCUGUGGAGUAAAGAAUGGAAGACUUUACUACUUUCCUUCCAGGUGACGGCGCCUUAUUUACAUUUGGGUGGAGUGUUACUGAUGACGGCGCUGGCUUGGCCGGUAGCUUUGCAUUUCUUUCGUAUGAACAGCAGAGUAAGGCGGGGCCUGAUCAUGGGGGUCUACCUCAGCAUCCUGUCUGCUCUCUACUUGGUGCCCCUCGGGUUGUAUUCUCCUUGUAUCAAAAAGGAGGGGACGCUGGGCCCUGCACCGGCCCUCAUCGGCCACAGAGGGGCCCCCAUGCUGGCUCCAGAAAAUACACUGAUGUCGUUUCAGAAGGCUGUGGAAACAGGAAGCGGAGGUCUGGAGACUGAUGUCACGAUCAGCUCUGAUGGCGUCCCCUUCCUGAUGCACGACCACACCCUCCAGCGGACCACCAACGUCCACGAGGUUUUCCCCAAUCGAACCGGCAACCCGGCUGCCAUGUUCACCUGGGCUGAACUGGAGAGCCUGAACGCCGGGGCCUGGUUCCUCUCACACGACCCGUUUGGAACGGUCGGUUCUCUGGGAGCAGACGAGCGGCGGGAGGCGGGAACGCAGCCCGUGUGCAGCCUGCGGACCUUCCUCCAGCUGGCAGCUCAGAGAGACAAGCUGGUGAUCUUUGACCUCUACCGUCCGCCCAGAGGUCACCCGUAUAGAGACACCUGGAUCCAACGCACGCUGGAGGUCAUCCACAACGAGUCUUCCGUUCACUCCGCACAGGUGCUGUGGCUGCCAUCAGACCUGAGGGCUCUGGUCCAGGAGAUGGAUCCUGAGCUCCAGCAGACCUCUGGCAGUCGGCUCCCCCUGGAGGAGCUCCAGAGGAACCACAUCGUCAAACUCAACCUGCACUACAGCUCCAUGUCCACUGAGCUCGUCAGGGAGUACGCUGCAGUGAACAUCACCACCAACCUGUAUGUGAUCAGCCAGCCGUGGCUCUACUCUCUGGCCUGGUGCAGUGGAGUCCACUCGGUCACCACCAACGCUCCGCAGCUCCUCGGCACCAUGAGGACGCCGCUCUUCCUCAUGACUCCGGACGAGUAUAACCUGAUGUGGAUUCUCACUGAUCUGUUGUCCCUCCUGCUGAUCGUCAUCAUCUUCAUCUUUCACUGGUGGAGAGAGCGAGGACUGGCUUUCUGCUCGGGCAGCAAGAUCACGCUGGACAACAGCACUUACAGCAAGUUCAAAACAGAGAUGAGUGACAUCUGGUCGGUCUCCAGUGCGAACUCCCAAGCAGAGAGGACAUUCAACCUGGCAACUGUGACUGAACACUGACCAUAUGCCAACCUGGCAACCCUGAGCCUCAUACUGCCAACCUGUCAGAUCUCACCAUUAUACUGUGUCAAAUGCACUUUAAUGAAAUAAAGUGAUGGAACCAUUU